AAGUAGCGGAAAUAGGGCGUUGAGCCCGCCUACAUUCCGGAAACGCCAUCUGAAGCCCUGGGUAGGCUGUUUUCCUCGUGUGUGGCUAAGGAUUUGCGAUACAUGCUGUAAAAAAAGAUCGGCUUCGCGGAACUGGAGACCUGAACAUGGCUACCAUGGAAGAAAGCUUCCCCCGAGGGGGUGAAAGAAAGAUCCAUAAAGCAGAGAAAACUUUCCAGCAGCCAGUGGAACAGGAUAACUUAUUUGCUAUAUCUACUGAAGAAAGAUCCAUCAAAAGGAAAAAGAGCCAGAAAGUGCCAGUGAAAACAAAAAAGUUGAAGAUUGGAAAGGAAGAAAGCAGCAAGUCUUUAAAAGAGAAGUUUGAAAUUCUUAAUGUUGAGUCCUUAUGUGAGGGCAUGCGGAUUCUGGGUUGUGUGAAAGAAGUCAAUGAACUGGAACUGGUGAUCAGUCUUCCCAGUGGACUUCAGGGGUUUGUACAAGUGACUGAAAUCUGUGAUGCUUACACCCAAAAGCUGAAUGAACAGGUGGCACAAGAAGAACCUCUGAAGGAUCUGGUCAGCUUGCCAGAACUCUUCUUACCUGGGAUGCUGGUGCGAUGUGUGGUGAGCAGUCUGGAUGUCACCAAGAAGGGCAAAAAGACCAUCAAGCUCUCUCUGAACCCCAAAAAAGUCAAUGAAGUCCUGAGUGCUGAGGCCCUGAAGCCUGGCAUGCUGCUCACAGGGACUGUGUCCAGCCUGGAAGAUCAUGGCUACCUGGUGGACAUUGGUGUUGGUGGGUCUCGAGCUUUUCUGCCACUGCAGAAAGCCCAGGAGUAUAUUCGACAGAAGAACAAAGGUGCUAACCUGGAGGUCGGUCAGUACCUGUACUGCAUCAUUGAAGAAGUGAAGGGCGGCGGCGGAGUUGUAAGUCUGUCUAUUAGUCACUCGUCCGUUUCUGCUGCCAUCACUACUGAGGAGCAAAGCUGGACCCUUAAUAACUUGCUCCCAGGUCUGGUGGUCAAAGCCCAGGUGCAGGAGGUGACUCCUCUUGGCCUUACACUAAACUUUCUUACAUUCUUCACUGGUCUGGUUGACUUCAUGCACCUGGAUCCCAAGAAGGCUGGAAAAUAUUCCUCAAAUCAAACAGUAAAGGCUUGCAUCCUCUGCAUUCACCCCCGGACCAGAGCUGUGCGGCUGAGUCUGCGGCCCACCUUCCUACAACCUGGGCGCCCACUCACCCGGCUCUCUUGCCCAAAUCUCGGAGCUGUUCUUGAAGGCAUUCCUGUCCAGGGCUUCUUCAACAAAGCUGGGGCCACUUUUAGACUGAAGGAUGGCUCUCUGGCCUAUGCUCAGCUCAGCCAUCUCUCCAACUCGAAGAAAGCCUUCCAUCCUGAAGCCUUCAAGCCAGGGAACACUCACAAGUGUAGAGUCAUCGACUACAGCCAAAUGGAUGAACUGACCUUACUUUCUCUGAGGACGUCUAUUAUUGAAGCACCGUACCUUAGGUAUCAUGACAUCAAACCUGGGACUUUGGUAACGGGUACAGUGCUGACCAUAAAGCCUUAUGGGAUGCUGGUGAAGGUGGGCCACCAAAUCCGGGGCCUGGUACAUCCCACUCACUUGGCUGACAUUCUGCUGAAGAAUCCAGAAAAGAAGUACCACAUUGGGGAUGAGGUCAAGUGCCGGGUUUUGCUUUGUGAUCCCGAAGCCAGGAAGUUGUCCCUGACCCUGAAGAAAACCCUUGUUGAGUCCCAACUACCUCUCAUUACCAGCUAUGCCAACGCCAAACCGGGUCUUCAGACGCAUGGCUUCAUUCUCAGGGUCAAGGACUAUGGCUGCAUUGUGAAGUUCUAUGAUGGUGUGCAGGGACUGGUGCCCAAGCAUGAGCUCAGUGCUGAGUAUGUCCCUGACCCAGAAAAGGUCUUCUACGUUGGCCAGGUGGUCAAGGUUGCAGUGCUCAACUGUGAGCCAGCCAAAGAGAGGAUGCUCUUAUCCAUCAAGCUGUUAAGUGACCCAAACAAAGAGAAGGUUGGACAAAAGCAGAAGAAAAAAGGAGCCAUUAAUGUUGGGCAGUUUGUAGAUGUGAAGGUUUUAAAGAAGACCAAAGAUGGACUGGAAGUGGCUGUCCUGCCCCACAAUGUCCCUGCUUUCCUCCCCACGCCUCAUCUAUCGGACCAUGUUCCCAACGGCCCACUGUUACACCACUGGCUCCAGGAAGGUGACAUCCUUCACAAGGUCCUGUGUCUGAGUCACAGCGACGGUCGUCCUCUCCUUUGCAGGAAGCCAGCUUUGGUCUCUACGGUAGAAGGUGGCCAGGAUCCCAAGAGUUUCUCAGAAAUCCAACCUGGAAUGGUGCUCAUUGGUUUUGUGAAGAGCAUCAAGGACUAUGGGGUGUUCGUCCAGUUCCCCUCAGGUCUUAGUGGACUGGCUCCCAAAGCUAUUAUGAGUGACAAGUUCGUGACUUUCACAAGGGACCACUUUGUUGAGGGACAAACUGUGGUUGCCAAGGUGACCAAUGUGGAUGAGGAGAAGCAACGCAUGCUGCUGUCACUGCGACUGUCAGACUGUACUCUGGGCAACCGGGCUACCACCAGCCUCCUCCUCCUCAGCCAAUGCCUGGAGGAGCUGCAGGGCGUGCGCAGCCUCAUGGGCAACCGAGAAUCUGUGUUGAUCCAGACACUGGCUGAAAUGACAGCAGGGAUGGUCCUUGACCUGGAGGUGCAAGAGGUGAUGGAAGAUGGCUCUGUGUUGUUCAGUGAAGGCCCAGUGCCUGGCCUGGUCCUGAAAGCCAGCAAGUAUCAUCGGGCAGGGCAAGAGCUGGAACCCAGACAGAAAAAGAAGGCUGUGAUCUUAAAUGUUGACAUGCUGAAGUUGGAAGUGCAUGUUUCCCUUUGCCAAAAUCUGGUGAACCGUAAAUCUAAAAAGCUGAAAAAGGGCAGUGAACACAAAGCGAUCGUGCAGCACUUGGAAGAGUCCUUUGCCAUUGCCUCCUUAGUAGAGACUGGCCAACUGGUAGCGUUCUCCCUGACCUCUCACCUCAAUGACACCUUCCACUUUGACUCAGAGAAGUUGCAGGUUGGACAGGGUGUCUCUCUCACCAUCAAGACCACAGACCCAGGAGUGACGGGUCUUCUUUUGGCUGUCGAGGGCUCUGCGGCUAAGAGGACCAUGAGACAAACCCGGAAGGACUCUGAGACAGUUGAUGAGGACGAGGAAGUGGAUCAAGCUCUGGUUGUGGGUUCUAUAAAGAAGCACACCCUGUCCAUCGGGGAUACUGUCACGGGGAAUGUCAAGUCCAUUAAGCCCACGCAUGUGGUCGUGACCCUGGAGGAUGGCAUCAUUGGCUGCAUCCAUGCCUCCCAGAUUCUAGAUGAUGUUCCCAUGGGCACCUCUCCGACUGCCACAUUGAAAGUUGGAAAGACAGUCACUGCCCGAGUGAUUGGAGGAAGAGACGUGAAGACAUACAAGUUCCUCCCAAUAAGUCACCCCAGAUUUAUUCGAACCAUCCCGGAGCUGAGUGUGCGGCCAAGUGAGCUGGAGAAGGACAGCCACACUGCUCUCAACACUCACUCUGUUAGCCCCUUGGAAAAGAUCAAGCAGUAUCAGGCUGGCCAGACUGUGACUUGCUUCUUGAAGAAGUAUAACAUGGUUAAGAAAUGGCUUGAGGUGGAGAUUGCCCCCGACGUCCGGGGAAGAAUCCCCUUGUUGCUCACUUCUCUUAGCUUCAAGGUUCUGAAACAUCCAGAUAAGAAGUUUCAGGUUGGGCAGGCCCUGAAAGCCACUGUGGUUGACUCAGAUUGCUCCAAGACCUUCUUGUGUCUCUCACUUAUAGGUCCUCACAAACUCGAGAAAGGGGACGUGGCCAUGGGCCGUGUUGAGACGGUGACUCCCAACAAGGGGCUGACUGUGUCCUUCCCCCUUGGGAAGGUUGGACAAGUCGAUGAAUUUCAUGUGAGUGAUUCCUACUCAGAGACACCCCUGGAAGACUUUGAGCCCCAGAAAAUUGUCAGAUGUUAUGUCCUGUCCACUGCAGGGUCUGUAUUGACUUUGUCACUGCGAUCAUCCAGGACAAACCCAGAGACAAAAAGCAAAAUAGUAGAUCCUGAAAUUAACUCCAUCCGAGACAUUCAGAAAGGGCAGCUUCUGAGAGGUUAUGUGAAGGCUGUUGAGUCACAUGGUGUGCUCCUCAGGCUUGGCCCCUCCAUUGUGGGUUUGGCUCAGUACCCACACGUCUCCCAGGCCAGCCCAUCCCAGAAGGAACUUUAUAACAAAUACCUUCCAAAGGGGAGACUGCUCACAGCCAAGGUCUUAAGCCUGAACCGCCAGAAGAACCUGGUAGAGCUGUCCUUCCUCCCCAGUGACACUGGGAAGCCAGACGUGCUUUCUGCCUCCCUAGCAGUGUCACUUCCAAAGCAGGGGGGGAAGGCGGGGACAGAGGAGAGAGACCAAAAAGGAAGAGAAGAGAAGAAGAAUCAGAAAAAGAAAGAAAAGCAGCAACAGUCAGGGCAGGAGGAGACAAAGAUGCCCAGCAAGAAGAAAGAGCCCCGGAAACCACAAGUGAAGAAGCAGGGCAAGCGGCUGCACUCUGAGUCAGAAAGUGAACAGGAAAGAGUGAACAAGAAGCAGAAGAAAGCCUCUCCGGCAGAGGAGGAUGACAGCGGUGUUGAGGUGUAUUAUCGGGAAGGAGAAGAGGAGCUGAAAGAGUGUGUACCACCCAAGGAGAAGCACAGCAAGCGAGCAGAGAUGCCCCGGCUGCAGCUGUCUUCUGGCUUUGUUUGGGAUGUGGGGCUGGACUCUCUGACCCCAGCCCUGCCACCUCGAGGAGACAGCUCAGACAGUGAAGAGGAUGAGAAGCCACAGCAAGCCACGAAGAAAAACAAGAAGGAAAGGGAGUUGGAGAAGCAGAAGGCAGAGAAAGAGCUGUCCCGCAUCGAGGAGGCGCUGAUGGAUCCUGGGCGACAGCCAGAGUCAGCAGAUGACUUCGACCGGCUGGUGCUGAGCUCCCCCGACAGCUCCAUCCUGUGGCUGCAGUACAUGGCCUUCCACCUGCAGGCCACAGAGAUUGAGAAGGCCCGGGCCGUGGCUGAGAGGGCUCUCAAGACCAUCUCCUUCAGAGAAGAGCAGGAGAAGCUCAACGUGUGGGUAGGACUGCUGAACCUGGAAAACAUGUACGGCUCGCAGGAGUCACUCACCAAAGUCUUCGAGCGGGCUGUGCAGUACAAUGAACCUCUCAAGGUCUUUCUCCAUCUGGCAGACAUCUACACCAAGUCAGAGAAAUUUCAGGAAGCUGGUGAACUCUAUAACCGGAUGCUGAAGCGUUUCCGGCAGGAGAAGGCUGUCUGGAUCAAAUAUGGUGCCUUUCUUCUCCGGAGGGACCAGGCUGACGCCAGUCACCGUGUAAUGCAACGAGCCCUCGAAUGCCUACCUAAAAAAGACCAUGUGGACAUCAUCGCCAAGUUUGCCCAGCUUGAGUUCCAACUGGGAGAUGCCGAGCGGGCCAAGGCCAUGUUUGAGAACACACUGAGUACCUACCCAAAGCGCACAGAUGUCUGGUCAGUCUACAUAGACAUGAGCAUCAAGCAUGGCAGCCAGAAGGAAGUCCGGAACGUCUUUGAGCGGGUCAUUCACCUGAGCCUGGCCCCCAAACGAAUGAAAUUCUUCUUCAAGCGCUACCUGGACUACGAGAAGCAGCACGGCACCGAAAAGGACGUGCAGGCAGUGAAGGCGAAGGCUCUGGACUAUGUGGAGGCUAAGAGCUCUGUGGUGGAGGACUAGGGCCCUCCUGGCUGCAGGCAGCCCAACCUCGGGCAGUCGGGUAAUAAGAUACUGCACUGCCUAAAGACUCUUGCUUAAACGCUGCUUUUUUGCAGCACCCAUGAGGUAAUCUUGUUAAGAUAAAAAAAAUAUUUUUUUUAUUAUUAUUUAUAA